UAUCAUCCAUCUCUCUUCAUGUCCUAAACCACCUUAUAAUUAACUUAACAAUAUUAUGGGUUUCAAUAUCCCCAUUCUUUCCGUGUUCUUAAUUAUUUACAUCGUGUUUUACGUUACCAGGUUCGUUCUUCGUCGGCGUGACAAGUGUUGUUACAUGCUACAUUACGAGUGCUACAAGGGGAAAGACGAACGGAAACUUGACACGGAAAGAUGUGCCAACAUCGUCAUGCGAAACAAGAACCUCGGGAUCGACGAGUACAAGUUUCUUUUGCAAACCAUUGUCAGCUCAGGCAUUGGCGAGGAAACCUACGCCCCGACCAACUUCAUCGAGGGAAAAGAACAGUGCCCAGAUUACCACGAUGCGUUAACGGAGAUGGACGAAAUCAUGUUCGAAACUCUCCAGGGGCUUUUGGCCAAAACCGGGUUCAACCCAUCCGACAUCGAUAUACUUGUCGUCAACGUCUCGCUUCUAUCGACCGUUCCAUCGUUAACAGCUCGUAUAAUCAACCGUUACAAGAUGAGGGAGGACAUCAAGGUGUUUAACCUAACCGGGAUGGGAUGCAGCGCUAGUGUCAUCGGGAUUGACCUAGUUCAACACUUGUUCAAGACUCACCCGAACAAGCUAGCCGUGGUGGUCAGCACGGAAUCGAUGGGGUCCAACUGGUAUUGCGGGAAAGAACGAUCUAUGAUGCUCUCCAACUGCCUAUUCAGAUCGGGAGGUUGCUCGAUGCUCUUCACCAACAACCGUGCCUUCAAGGACCGAGCCAUCAUGAAACUAACGUGCAUGGUUCGGACCCACGUGGGCUCUAUCGACGAAGCCCAUACCUGUUGCAUUCAAGUCGAAGACGACGAGGGCUACCAGGGUUUCCGUCUCACAAAGUUCCUAACCAAAGCCGCCGCUCAAGCGUUCACCAUCAACCUUAAAGUGCUCCUCCCGAAAGUUCUCCCUUUAUGGGAACUUCUCCGUUACGUUUACGUCUCCACCACUCAAAACUACAAGUCGCGGUUACUACGAGCCAAGCUCGAGGAAGUGGGGAAGGGUUUGAACCUGAAAACGGGGAUAGAUCACUUUUGCAUACAUCCGGGCGGGCGGGCCGUGAUAGAGGGAGUGGGUAAGAGUUUGAGGCUUAGCGAGCACGAUAUAGAGCCGGCGAGAAUGGCAUUGCACCGGUUCGGGAACACGUCGGCGGGCGGGCUUUGGUAUGUUCUUGGUUAUAUGGAGGCUAAGAAGAGGUUGAAAAAGGGAAAUAAGAUAUUGAUGAUUAGUUUUGGGGCUGGAUUUAAGUGUAACAAUUGUGUUUGGGAGGUGAUGAAAGAUAUGGAUGAAGGAAAUGUAUGGGAAGAUUGUAUAGACAAUUACCCACCAAAGGCUAAGGCAAACCCCUUCAUUGAGAAGUAUGGAUGGCUCAAUGAUGAUAGUGUCAACUUCUUAAGGUUGCAAGACAACAAGUAAAAGGUCUUCUAUUCCACACACAAUUACUAUUUUACCCCAAGUAUUUUGUCUACUUUUUAUUUGUUUCUUCAAGUUUUUAAAUAAUAAAUUAUUGUAAUAUUGGGAAUUAAGAGAGUGGAAAAGGGACACAAGGGUAUAUGUAUUCAUUAUGUUGUUAAGCUUAUUUUGAUACAAUUAAUUAAACUUAAAUAUAUUGUUUUAGUAAA